CACGAUGCACCGCCCGCCACGCCGCCGAUUCAACUUCGACAGACUCAUACGCCGAUGCAACACUCAUGACCCGACGUUGUACGUUCCACUCACGGUAGAUGCAAGCGAAGACCUCCCGCCCGCUGUCGUCGGCCUCGUUCGAAAGGACUUCGUGGAAAGACUACGGCCAUUUCAUCAUGUGUUUGACUGGUCGCGCAUUCACAAUGCAUUGCAUCUCCGAUCUGAAUUCUCCACAGAGCCCCAGCGCACGGCAGGCAAGAUUUCAACGCACUACACCACUCGUUUACCUCAUUGAACGACCUGCAGCCAUGCAAGAAGUGGCGAAAGCUCUAAAGCCAGAAACGUGGCGUGGCGAAGCAUAUGGUGCAGUGCGCGACGAUAGGCAUAGCGAGCCGUGGUUCCGCAUUGACCGCAGUGCCAGCACAUUCUUCGGCAUAUCACAAUUUGGAUGCCAUCUCAAUGGAUACGUGCGGGACUUGUCCCACCACAACACCACGAGUGUGUGGCUCGGCGUGCGGUCCUCGACGAAGGCCAUUCAUCCUGGCAAGCUUGACACGCUGGUUGGCGGCGGACUCCCAUGGGACCUCUCGCCACUGGAAAACAUGUUGAAGGAAGCGGAAGAAGAAGCGGGGCUCACUCUCGACGACCUUGGCCGCGCCAUCCGAUCGACUGGUGCGUUGACAUAUCGCAACGACGAGCGACAAGGAUUCAAGCACAACACCAUGUUUACGUUUGACGUGGAGCUGCCGCCGUCGUGGCAGCCAGUGAACACCGACGGAGAAGUCGCUGGAUUUCACCUGUGGCCUAUGGACGACGUGCUCGAGCUCCUGCAGUCGCAACCCGACGAGUUCAAGCCAGACGUGUGCCUUGUGUUGCUCGAUUUUGCCAUCCGCCAAGGCCACCUCUCGUCAGCCGACUUCGAGUCCCCGGUGGCAUAUGCCCGCCUGUGCUCAAGUUUGCACUCGUGGUCGUGCCACAAAAUCUAGGCCCGGCUGCCGUCAGCGCUGCGCUUUCUCAACUUGAACGCACGACAUUGACAUUGUGUGCGUACGAAAUAUCGACCUCUCGAUCUGUUGCUGCCGCAGGGACGUGGCCCUGCUAUCAGAUAUUGCGCUUCUACUGCGCUGAAAGACUGCAGCGAUGCGUUGUUCGCGAUGACGGAGACAGUCCUUGGUGGUAUCCUGCAUAUGAUGCUACCCUCGCUUGUGGAGCACUUCAUGCACGAGCUUCUGUUUGUACGCCUCCCACUUGACCUCGUCCCGAUCUUGCUGGUUUGGUGGAUGCGUCGGCGACGGCGGGUCCUCGGCCGCCGUGCGUUGGAUGUUGGCGCGCACGCGCUGCCUCGUGUAGUACGAGGUAUCGCUGAAAAAGUCAGCCUACCACAUCCACGUGAUGUUGUCGAAUGUGUCGGCUACCGACUGGUGCACGUACCUUGCGGAGGUAAAGCAGCUCACACUCGGAAUCGGUCACAAAGGUGUGCGUGGCGUGCACUCUGCGAUUCGACUCAUUGCUCAAGAACGACUCUUCGCCGACAAAAUCCCGUGCGCCGAGGCGCUUGUGGACCGUCUCUAGACGCAGCGACGAUGGGACAGCUAAGAGAUGCCGCGUUAACGCUUGAUUCGCAUGAAAGAACGCCA